AAAAUAACUAUUGCUUAGCAUCCUAUCCUCAUCCUCGUCCUCCAUAAAUAACCCCCUUUCGCCACCUCUUUCUCACUAAACAACUCUCCUUUCUCCUUCAAACUCUCUCCUCACUCCCCGACUCUCAUCAAAAAACUAAACACUAAAGGUAAAAUAAUGGCGGCAAAGAGAUCUUCGAAGCUAACACAAACAGCGAUGCUAAAGCAAAUCAUAAAGAGAUGCUCGAGCUUAGGCAAGAAACAAUGCUACGACGAGGAAGGUCUCCCUCUUGAUGUACCAAAGGGACAUUUUCCGGUUUACGUAGGGGAAAAUCGUACGAGGUACAUCGUACCAAUCACCUUCUUGUCUCAUCCCGAAUUUCUGAUCCUACUUCAACAAGCAGAGGAAGAGUUCGGUUUCCACCACAUGGGAGGACUCACUAUCCCUUGUGAAGAAGUCGUUUUUCUCUCCCUAACAUCCAUGAUCCGAUGAGAUUGGAGAGAGUUUACAUUAUGAUGAGGACUAAGAUUUUUUUCUUUUUUUUUUUGCCUUUGGAUAAAGAUUUGCUAUCCAAAUGUUUUAUUUUUCUGGACUAAAUACCUGUAAGAUCCACAUGUAGAAGAUCAUUCUCUACACGGAUCAUGUAAAUAUGGGGGGUUUUAGUUCGUUAGGUCGCCCUAAAUGGGGUUCGUAUUCGAUAGAAUAUUGAUGUUUUUUAUGAAGUGGUGGCUUGUAUUUUUGUUUCAUCUAAAAAAUUCAGAGAUGUAAUGAGUCCUUUUAAUAAAAAUUGCUAUCUCA